CGGUCAGGCGCGCAUCAUUCUUCAUAACAAAGAAAGUGCCAGAAUUGUGCAGUAGAGUCGAUUACUUUUGUCUCCGUUUCAAAUUCAUUGUUACAGGCCGACUGAGAUUAAGUCUGAGACCGGUAACAUCAACAGUGAGGACAAACCCAGGCUGCCUCUCUCCUUCCACACUGAGUCCAAACCUAAAACCUACAGUCACUGGGUGGGUCCUAAUUGUGACAGUGGAGCCCAGUUCGCACUGCAGGAUCCAGAGAUGGCAUCAGUGAAGCUGGAAGACUGCAGUCAAACACUGGAGCUGAAUGUCAACAUUAAAGAUGAAGAGGAGGAGAAGAUUGGGACAUCUGUUUCUCAUGGUCACGUUGAGACAUUCUCUACAUCCAGAGAGCAACUGCAGGAUGAUCACAGAGCUAAGAGGUCUCACCACUGCCCACAUUGUGAGGAGAUUUUCCCAUUUCUAUCAAAGCUAAAAAUACACCUAAAAAUACACACAGGAGAGAAUCUGUAUUCCUGUACUGACUGUGGGAAAAGAUUCACAACAUCACAUUCUCUGACAGUUCAUCAGAGAGUGCACACAGGAGAGAAGCCCUACUCCUGCUCUGACUGUGGGGGGAGAUUCUCUCAAAUGAGCAGUUUAAAAAAACACCAACAUAUACACACAGGAGAGAAGCCUUACUUCUGCUCUGACUGUGGAAAGAAUUUCUCCCUAUUGGAUUCCUUAAAAGCACAUGCACGAAUACAUACAGGAGAGAAGCCUUACUCUUGCUCUGACUGUGGGAAGAGGUUCUCUCAACGGAGCAACUUAAAAAUACACCAACGUUUACAUACAGGAGAAAAGCCUUAUUCCUGCUCGGACUGUGAAAAGAGUUUCUCCCAAUUGGAUAAGUUAAAUAGUCACCAGCGAAUACAUACAGGAGAGAAGCCUUACUUCUGCUCUGACUGUGGGACUUGUUUCAGCCAAAUUGAUACAUUAAAAUGUCACCAGCGUAUACAUACAGGAGAGAAGCCUUACUCUUGCUCUGACUGUGGGCAGAGUUUCUCUCAACACAGCAGCUUAAAGAAACACCAACGAAUACACACAGGAGAGAAGCCUUACUCCUGCUCUGAAUGUGGGACGAGUUUCUCUCUACAGGACAGCUUGAAAUCACACCAACGUAUACACACAGGAGAGAAGCCUUACUUCUGCUCUGACUGUGGAAAGAAUUUCUCUCGACACAGCAGCUUAAAGAAACACCAAUGUAUACACACAGGAGAGAAGCCUUACUCCUGCUUUGAAUGUGGAAAGAGUUUUACAACAUCAAGUGCUCUGACAGUUCAUCAGAGAGUGCACACAGGAGAGAAGCCAUACUCCUGCUCUGACUGUGGGGGAAGUUACUCUCGACUGGGAAACUUAGAAACACACCAUCGUACACAUACGGGAGAGAAGCCUUACUCUUGUUCUGACUGUGGUAAAUGUUUCACAACAUCAAGUGCUCUAACAGUUCAUCAGAAAACACACACAGGAGAGAACCACACCAACAGAUACACACAAGCCAAGACUUUUGCAUAUUAAAAUCUUACGUUUUCGGGGGAUUGACAAUGGACCCGUUUUAAAGUAUCCUUUUUUGGUAACAGUUCUCUCAGACCAGCUAAGAUUAAAGUCACUCCAUCACUUAAUUCUCAUUAAAGAAGUGGUAAGUGAAUUGGAUCAAAUGAAGAAAGUGUGGAACACUACUGUAAUCCUAUUGUUUCUCACUGUGAGAGAACUGUGCAGAGGAAAAGGAGCAUUACAGAAUGUUAGCCUCUCUUUACUGAUCAGUGUGCAGCUUGUCAGUUUUGGUGUGUUUUGUUAGCGUCUACUGCAAAGAUAUUGAGAUGACCUUG